GACCACACGAAGUCAGAGCCGAACUGAACUGAACCGACUCAGAUGUGCCUUUCAACAGAUGGAUGCGAGGGCAUAGUGAGGGCCAAGGAAGACGUUAGAUUUCACAUAGAAGCGCAUGUUUCGACCGGUGUUAGAUGUUAUAUCGGCUGCAAGAAUGACCAGCAUAUUCAGUGAUGAUCAUUUACUCGAAUACUCGUAGUCAAUAAAUACGUGCAUAAGUGCUUCGCAAAGUUAACUACGCCGCUAGUGAGAACUGUACAUAGAAAUAUACCCCAUUGACAAACAGCAUUGAAGGAGGUGAUCUACCUGGACAUCGCGACCACCCAGCUGUUUUUUUUAGCGAUCUGUAUUUGGCACCAGAUGUGAGACAAUGUGAAAUACGACAACAAAUAUGGCUGACUGUGGUGUUGCCGAGAGAGACUGCUUCUGCCCGGUGCCACGCAUGAGGAGAGUUAAAGCGGCUUGACGUCGAGGGCGGAGGUGUGGGAGGAGACGAUGACCUUCGUGGGAGAGAGGGAGGAUGGGUGUGGAAACGUUGCCUUAAUGCCCAGUGAUGAUGCCCAGCUUCUGACCCCAGGCAGAAUGAGCCAGCGACAGGGGAAGGAGAGCCUGCAGGUCCCAGGCAGAGAUGUCCUCCUCAGUCCCUCCGGGUACAGUCACGGGUUUGACAGGGUGAGGGAUGACGUCCUGCCACUCAGGGAAGACUCCGCCCAUUCCAUCUCCAAAAGUAAGUCCGAGUCUAAGCUCUACAAUGGGUCCGACAAAGACGUGUCCGUGGCUGGGAGCAAACUCAACAAGAAGGAGUCCCUCAAGGUACAGAAGAAGAACUACAGGGAGGAGAAGAAGCGCGCCACGAAGGAGCUGCUUAGCACCAUCACGGACCCCUCUGUCAUUGUUAUGUCCGACUGGCUCAAGAUCCGGGGCACUCUGAAGAGCUGGACCAAGCUGUGGUGUGUGCUGAAGCCGGGCGUGCUGCUCGUCUACAAGACGCACAAGAGCGACCAGUGGGUGGGCACCGUGCUGCUGAGCGCCUGCGAGCUCAUCGAAAGGCCCUCCAAGAAGGACGGCUUCUGCUUCAAGCUCUUCCACCCGCUGGAGCAGUCCAUCUGGGCCGUCAAGGGCCCUAAGGGGGAGACCGUGGGCUCCAUCACACAGCCGUUACCCAGCAGCCACCUGAUCUUCCGCGCUGCCUCUGAGUCCGACGGCCGCUGCUGGAUGGACGCCCUGGAGCUGGCUCUGAAGUGCUCUGGCCUGCUGAAGCGUACCAUGAUCCGGGAGGGAAAAGAUCAAGAGCAGGGGUCUAUGUCCGAACACUCCCAUGUCAACUUCUACCACCUGCUGCGAACCCACAACCUGCAAGGGUCCGAAGGCUUCCAGUUCAACGACAGCGAGCACUUCAAGGACCCGGACCUGUACUCGGACAAGUCGGACCGGGAGAACGAGCAGGACCAGGAGUCGGAAAACGAGGGCCCGGAGAAGAGCGAGGAGAGUGACAGCGACACGUCGGAGCAGCAGGACGACUCCUGUGCGGGCAUGGAGCCCAGUGAGGACCUGCAGGAGACGCACUACAUGGAGCAGUCCCACGAGGAGCUGGGGGAGGCUGGCGAGGCCUCUCAGACAGAGACUGUGUCAGAGGAGAACAAGUCUCUGAUGUGGACCCUACUGAAGCAGGUCCGGCCCGGGAUGGACCUAUCCAAGGUGGUCCUACCCACGUUCAUCCUGGAGCCACGCUCUUUCCUGGAUAAACUCUCUGACUACUAUUACCAUGCGGACUUCCUCUCAGAGGCGGCAGUGGAAGAAAAUGCCUACAACCGCAUGAAGAAGGUGGUGAAGUGGUACAUCUCUGGAUUUUACAAAAAACCAAAGGGUUUAAAGAAACCGUACAAUCCCAUUAUUGGCGAGACCUUCCGUUGCAUGUGGAUUCAUCCCAGGACCAACAGCAAGACCUUCUUCAUCGCAGAGCAGGUCUCCCAUCAUCCACCAGUGUCGGCCUUCUAUGUGAGCAACAGGAAGGAUGGCUUCUGCCUCAGCGGCAGCAUCCUGGCCAAGUCCAAGUUUUAUGGGAACUCUUUAUCAGCCAUAUUGGAUGGAGAGGCACGGCUGAGCUUUCUGAACCGCGGGGAGGAUUACGUCAUGAAUAUGCCUUAUGCCCACUGUAAAGGUAUCCUGUAUGGCACCAUGACCCUGGAGCUAGCGGGACAGAUCUCGAUCACCUGCGAGAAGACAGGCUACAGUGCUCAGCUGGAGUUCAAGCUGAAGCCCUUUCUGGGAUCCAACGACAGUGUGAACCAGAUCUGUGGGAAGAUCAAACUCGGAAAGGAGGUGCUGGCCACCUUGGAGGGACACUGGGACAGUGAGGUGUUCAUCAAUGACAAGAAGACCGGUCUGGUGGAGAACUUCUGGAACCCGACGCCGGAACUGAGGCAGAGCCGGCUGACCCGGUGCACGGUGCCCCUCGAGGAGCAGGGGGGCUUUGAGUCUGAGAAGCUGUGGCAGCACGUGACCCGGGCCAUCGUCAACAAGGACCAGACGGAAGCCACCAAGGAAAAGUUCCUGCUGGAAGAAGCCCAGAGGAAGUCGGCUCGCGAGCGCAAGGCCAAGUGUGAGGCCUGGAGCCCAACACUCUUCGAGCAGGACCCCAUCACGGGCGAGUGGCACUAUCGCUACGCCGACACACGGCCAUGGGACCCCCUAAAUGAUCUCAUUCAGUUUGAGAAAGAUGGCUGCAUCCAGACCAAGGUCUGCCACCGCACUCCUAUGGUCACUGUGCCUAAGCGGAAACACAAACAGAGUGACCAGACAAAGAGCCCCGAGAGCGGGGCCUCCUCACCGGAGCCCGACCGCCAUGACUCCUCCGGGAGCGAGAGGCAUAAGAACAAGCAGGGGGGUCGGUUGAGGAGAAAAGCCACAGACCUGAGUGAACUUCAGCGUGCCAUCGACUCCAUAAAGCACACUCAAGAGGACAUUAAUCGGAGCAUCACGACGCUCCGUAGCCGAGCCAUCAGCAACCAAGUGCCACCAGAGGGCAGCCUCCUGCACCAUCGCGACUACAUCAUUAUCAUCUUCCUCGUCCUUGUCCAGGUUAUUGUCAACUUUCUCUUCAAGUGAUGGCAGCAGCACCCGGAGGAGAGCCACGCUACACGGAAACUUCCUCCGCCGUCAUUCAAGACGGGGAGCUCAAACUGCACACUCGCUACUGACGCGCAUUCUACCAUAUUGCCACCAGGGGGCAGCAGAGCUCACCUGAAACGCUUGCAGACACUUAAUUGUCCUAGUAUCUGAACAUUCUGUAUAUUUUAAACGUUUAAAUGGCAGUGAGUCCAUGUGGCAUAGAAUCUGUUUGAAGCCUCCACAUAUGAUAGUGUGUUAAAAAAAGGAUGUAUGUUGGUCUCGGAACAGAUUUCUCCCACCGUUUUAGGAUGUUAAAGCCUUUUUUAUCGCUGAAGAAAGGGUGGUUCAUUUUCUCGUCGUUAACUUAUUUCCUCUGCCUUUUUAAAGAUAUUUUUUAUGUUCCAUUGUUGGACUUUUCAUUACGUUUCUACAGUACACGGUGCUCCGUGAGCAGACCGAUUCGUACAGAAGGGAUUCGGGGGCUGUUCGUGGGGGGUGCUGGUGAGCAGUGUACCUUUUUAAAGAAACAUUGGGGCACAACUUAAUUGCGAAUCAGAAUUUAAAUAACAGAUUAGUCAUACCUCAUUUCCAGUUCUCAUAGAAAGCUUGGAAUGCGAACAUUGUGCAUUGGGAGGCUUCUUAAAAUGGAGAAAUAAGCCUCCUUUUGCGUUUUGGUCUCUCUGGAGAAUACUGAUAGCUGACUGAGUAGGAGAAUAAAGGCGAAUACAUUUUCGUGUAGCAUCUAAUGUAGGUAGCUAGGAGACCUCGCUGUUUCCCUGGGUUAGAAUAUUUGAUGUGAAAAUGUAAUGCAAUACAUAGAUUAGAAGCAGUACAUUUGAAGAGAAAUUGUAAAUAGUGACUAGAGUGUCCUAGUGGUAGCAUGUUAGCACGUCCGUACCUAUAAGCAGGCCUGUCUGUGUCUCCCUGUCACUAGCCUCUGUGUCACUGCUCGUCUCUCCUUUGUCUGCUUACCGCGGGAAGCAGGAAUGGAAUAUGGCAAAGGAAUCGACUUCAUAGUGCCUUCCAGGGUGGGUUUUUAGGAGGGACGCCACUCGGAUCGCGAUGUUGUAUUUACGUGCCAUCGCUAGCGGGCCGCCGUCUGUGUGUCCCCAGCGUGCGACCCCUUACCUCCCUCCAGACCGGUUUGAGCCUGUUCAUUCUUUCUGUUCACGCUCGGUCUCUGAGCAGGGUACCAGGAGAGCAGAGCCAUUUUUCUGAACUAGUGUUUUGUUUUUUCACGUUUGCUGUGAAAGCACUUUUUAUUUCCGACGCUGCGGCCCAGGACCUCAAGGCUCGGUGAAACUUGUCUGGACGUGACACAGCCAUUCAUAACGCCGUUCUUGUCUCUUGGCUCUCUCACCGUACUUUUCAUAUUUUUAAUAUUUAUUUGUAUGAUUUAAGAGGGCCCCCUAUGUCUCGACGUGUCAAAUAAAUUGGAGAAAUUGCGUAAUCUCAGCAUCGUUGCCCAUUUUAUUGUUUAUCUGUGGGAUAAAGUAGGACAGUGGGCUUUGUAGAUGUAUUGUGUUCCUGGUUAAACACUGAGCCUGAGCAGGGCUGUAGAACCACUUUCAAUUAAAAUUUCCAGAAACUCC